AUGGGCCAGUGCUUCUCCACCCCCGCGGAGAAGAAGAAGAAGAAGUACGAGGUCCAAGACUCCGCGCCGAACUCCCCGGAGAAGCCCGCGAGGAAGAAGCCGGCGCCGUCGUCGUCGUCGUCGUCCGAGAAGAAGACCGACGCCGCCUUAACCGCGACGUCGAAGACGAAGACGAAGGGCGGCGGCGGCAGCAACAACAAAAAGGGCGCGCCGCAGCUGUCGCCGGUGAAGCCGAAGCUCGACCCGAAGGACUUCAUUUACGUCAACCGCCGCGGCGAGAGGCUGUGUAAGCCCCCGGGGAGCGUCGACGGGCAGCAGUUCGUGAUCGACGGGUGCGAGGACUGCGAGAUUUACAUCCUAGACCACUGCGACAGCGUGACGAUCGACGACUGCAAGCGAUGCGUCGUCGUGAUCGGGCCGACGGAGGGGUCGAUAUUCAUUCGCGACUCGGAGGACUGCAAGUGCGUCUUCAUGUGCCGGCAGUACCGCAGCCGCGACUGCGUGAACGUGGACACGCACCUGCACGUCACGACGCGGCCGAUCAUCGAGACGUCCGCGAACAUGCGUUUCGCGUGCUUCGACUUUCACUACGAUAAGCUCGAGGCGCAGAUGGCGACCGCCGGGAUAUCGCGGUUUCAAAACUUUUGGAGCCACGUGUUCAACUUCAACCCGGAGACGCACGCCACGUGGAGCCUCAUGGACCCGAAGAUCACGGCGUUCUCGCAGCUGAUUGGCGGGGCGUACGGCACCGGUGCCGAGCUCCCGGAUUUUCCCGCGCUCGAGGGAGUGAGUGAAGCGCUGAAGGACGGCGCGGCGCCGCCGUCGUGCUGUCGGACGUGGGGCGAACGCGAACCGCCGGCGGCGGCGACGGGCGGUGAGACCGCUUCCCGUGCGCUCCCGUUCGCGUCUCGAUCGUCGUUUCUUGAUAAGGCGCACUUUCCUUUCCUUUCCUUUCCUUUCGCGCGCUAUGUUAUGAACCUCACGUUCGUUUUGACACGUGUGAGUUAUAUCCACCAAUCAUGCUAUCCCCGCGCGACUGACAUCCCCACGCGUCUUUCCUCGACCUAUUAUUCAAAAAUAGACGGCGACCUCGGGACGUCGACAGGCGGCGGGGCGCGCGACGGCUGCCUGAUAUUGAUCCCGGCCGCCGACGCGAAGAUGGCCGGAGAGUUGUUGCAGAUGGCCGACGCCGCGAAGGUGCUGCUGAUGCGGACGAACGACUGCCAGCUGUCGGAGCCGUGGCUGAGGACGUUUUUAACCGAGGGCGGCGUCGCCGCGAACGAAGUCGCGAAGCUCGCGAAACAGCUGUCGACGGGACGCGCGAUCGGUCUCGAGUUUGGCGGCGACGGGUGCGCGGACGCGAUGCGCGGCGUCGCCUCCUCGGGCGGGUUCGCGAUGCUGGAAGACCCGGACCAGUACGCGGAGUGGAGGUACAUGGGCGUGGAGGGGUGA